CGCGCCGGCGGGAGAGAAGGGGGAGGGGAAAGGCGCCGCCAUCUUGCGAGGGCUGAGGCGGGCCGCGGCCAUGCGUCCCGGCGUGAAGCUCUUCGUGGGCAACGUGCCCGAGGAGGCGACGUCCGAGGAGCUGACCGAGCUGUUCGCGGGCGCGGCGGGGCCCGUGCUGGGCGUGGCGCUCAUGAAGCAGUUCGCCUUCGUGCACCUGCGCGACGAGGCGGCCGCCGCCCGCGCCAUCGCGCAGCUCAACGGCCACCAGCUGCACGGCCGCCGCGUCGUGGUGGAGCCGUCGCGCCCGCGCCCCACGCACACCUGCAAGAUCUUCGUGGGCAACGUCUCGGCCGCCUGCACCAGCGGGGAGCUGCGCACGCUCUUCCAGCAGUACGGGCCCGUGGUCGAGUGCGACGUCGUCAAAGACUAUGCAUUUGUUCACAUGGAGAACGAAGCUGAUGCAAAGGUUGCCAUCGAAAACCUCAAUGGAAAGGAGGUGAAAGGAAGAAGAGUCAAUGUGGAGCUCUCCACCAACGUGCAGAAGAAGGGGGCCGGGCUGAACCCACAGGUGGGUGCCGUGUUGGACAAGAACAAGAGAGUGGGCAUGGACUUUAGGGACAAGUUCCAGCCCAAGAUUGAAGGCCUGGACCCACGGCGGCCUGGUGACCCCGCCUUUACAUCGACCCCCGCAGGGUAUCCCGGGUCUGCGCUCUACAACUACCAACAGCGCUUUGGCGCCAACAGCUCCACUUUCGACUCCCAGGGGCGGCCCACAUCCCCCUCCUACUUCGGGAGGGACAGAAGCCCCAUCCGGCGGUCGCCAACGAGAGCUGGCUUCGCGAAUGUUUCGCUGCCCAUGACGGCGCAGCCAGCGUCUUACCGGGCCCAGCCAUCUGCUUCCCUGGGCGCAACAUACCGGGCCCAGCCCUCGGUGUCGCUGGGCAUGUCUUACAGACCCCAGCCCACAACUGGGCAGGCUGCAGCAUACAGGGCCCAGCCCUCAGCCUCGCUGGGAAACGCCUACAGAAACCAGUCCUCGGUCGCGAUGGGUGCUUCCAGCACGCCGUCCACGGCCGCCUCGCUCACAUCCUACGGUGCCCAGGCUGCCACCCCCUACAGCGCCCAGCCUGCCGCCUCCCAGCUAGCCUCUUAUGGGGCCCAGUCAGCAGCAACCCUGGCGUCAUCCUACGGCGCCCAGGCUGCGGCCACACACACCGCCUCCUAUGGAGCCCAGCCCACAGCUGGCUACGCAGCCUCCUAUGGCACUCAGCCCACAGCCACACAUGCGGCUGCCUAUGGGGCCCAGCCAGUGGCAGGCCACUCAGCCUCCUAUGGGGCACAGGCGGUGGCCACGCACGCAGCCUCCUAUGGCGCCCAGCCUGUGGCUGGCCAUUCAGCCUCCUAUGGCGCCCAGCCUAUGGAUGGCCAUUCAGCCUCCUAUGGCACCCAGCCUGGAGCUGCGCUGUCGGCCUCCUAUGGAGCCCAGCCCGUGGCCACACAUGCCUCCUAUGGAGCCCAGGCUGUGGCUGGCCACUCAGCCCCUUACGGUGCCCAGGCUGUGGCCGGCCACUCGGCCUCCUAUGGGGCCCAGCCCACAGCUGCACUCUCAGCCUCCUACGGCACCCAGCCUGCUGCCAGCCUCCCGGCCUCCUACAACGCUCAAUCUGCUGCCAGCCUCCAAGCCUCCUACGGUACCCAGCCUUCUGCUGCGCUCUCAGCUGCCUAUGGCGCCCAGUCUGCCGCUGCCGCCACUCUUGCGGCCUCAUACACCAACGACUCCUACAAGGCACAGGCCUCCGCUUCCCUGAGCGCUUCCUACAGAGCCCAGGCAUCGAACUCGGUGGCCGCCUCAUACGUGGCACAGCAGUCUGCCUCUGUCCCCAUGGCAGCUACCUACAGAGCCCAGGCCAUGUCUGCGUACGACGGGCAGCAGGCAAACGCAUACCUGGGGGUGUCUCAGGCUGCUGGCGCCGCCCCACCAUAUGAGCGCACCCGCCUCUCCCCGCCGCGGAACGCUGGCUACGAUGACCCUUACAAGAAGUCGGCCGCCAUGGCUAAAAGGUACGGUUCUGACCGCCGUUUAUCUGACCUAUCAGAUUACCGUCGUUUAGCAGACUCGCCGCUCGGGUACCGUCGUUCACCCACCAGGUCCCCGAUGGAUUAUCGCCGCCUUCCAGAAGCGCAUUCCGAUUACGCCCGCUACUCGGGCGGCUAUGGCGAUUAUAUGCCCAGUGCCAGGCUGCAGUCUAGUUACCAGCGCCGCCUGUAGGAGGUGGGGUCCCCGUCCCAGGUGGGGCAGUAGCACCGGUUAAACAUUCCCCGCUGGGACGCUCUUAGUGUCAAGCCAAUCUGCGUCUUUGCUAGGCUGGCGCGCGCUCGGUUCUAUGCUCAUUGAGACUCGCUGCGUUUCUUUCCCUCCCGCGCUCUCUCAGGGGUCACAACAGGCUGUUAUUUUGGCUCUGCUCCCUCGUGUCACUCGGUUCAAGGUUUCGGUGUCGGGUCCAGGCGGGAGCACAAGGGCUCCCUGGAACUUGCGGCUGCAGUCGGCAUUCUCCAGGCCUUUACUCUGGGUGGGGAGAGGCGGGGGCGGGGAGGUGGAUUUUUCAGCUGCCUUUUUUCGUUGAGUUUUUACAAUGCGACUUCAAGAAGAAGUUCCGUGCCGCGGGCUUUCCCAGGCCAAAGCCUCAGCCGCGGGAUUCCUUCUGGCUCCGUAGUGUUAAGAGUGCCAGGGCGUCCGUGAAAAUAACUUUUUAUUAUUAUUUUUGUUUGCUCACGACUCCUGUCGCUUCGCCUUCAGGCCCUAUUAGUAACCUGCAGUCUCCUCUCAGGCAGGAUUCCCAAUAGCUGGGAUUGUCUGAUUUAUUGCUCCGAAUUGUUUUUAUAACCCGAGCAAUUGCGCUGUCUCUGAACAGUGUUCUUUUAUGUAAUGUGGAGAAAACCCUUUCUUUCUUUUUCUUUUCUCACCCGUGUUAAGUUUGCAUUAGGCGCGGUGUUAGACUCGAUCUAUCAGAAAGGAGCGAGUUUUUGUAUGACUGAAUAAAAUGCUGGGCUCUUUACAGUUUAGAAA